AUCUGCGCUCCAUUGAGGCUCCUGGUGCAGUCACUUCCGGUUUCUGGCUCCGCUUCCGGCCUUCGGUGGUUACGGGACGGUGGGCCGGCCUCAGGCUGUUUGGGCAGCUUAAUCCAAAAGAUGGAUAUCAGACCAAACCAUACAAUUUAUAUCAACAAUAUGAAUGACAAAAUUAAAAAAGAAGAAUUGAAGAGAUCCCUGUAUGCCCUGUUUUCUCAGUUUGGCCAUGUUGUAGAUAUUGUAGCUUUAAAGACCAUGAAAAUGCGGGGGCAAGCCUUUGUUAUAUUUAAAGAAUUGGGCUCAUCCACAAAUGCCUUGAGACAGUUACAAGGAUUUCCAUUUUAUGGUAAACCAAUGCGGAUCCAGUAUGCAAAAACAGAUUCAGAUAUAAUAUCUAAAAUGCGUGGCACCUUUGCCGACAAAGAAAAGAAAAAAGAAAAGAAGAAAGCCAAAACUGUGGAACAGACAGCACUGACUGCUAAUAAGAAGCCUGGUCUGGGAGCACCAAAUUCAGUUAAUCCCCAAGGAAAUGCAACGCCAAAUCCUCAGGUCCCUGAUUACCCUCCAAACUAUAUUUUAUUCCUUAAUAAUUUACCAGAAGAGACUAAUGAGAUGAUGUUAUCCAUGCUGUUUAAUCAGUUCCCUGGUUUCAAGGAAGUACGUUUGGUACCUGGGCGGCAUGACAUUGCAUUUGUUGAAUUUGAAAAUGAUGGACAGGCUGGAGCUGCCAGGGAUGCUUUACAAGGAUUUAAGAUCACACCAUCUCAUGCCAUGAAGAUCACCUAUGCCAAGAAAUAACAUUUGGGAGAGUUGUCUUUAAAGGACUUGGAGUUAUUUAUAGUGUUUGUUUUCAUAACAAUUGGUCAGGCCAUUUUAAUAGUUGGGGCUGGAAGAAAUGCAAGUAAAAUUUUUGUGUAGAUUUUUAAAAAUCACCUACUAGUGAACUAUGAAAUGUGAAGGCCUUAAUUUUGUACAAUAAAGUUUUAUAUAUAAUACUUCAUUUAUUGGCCCACUGUCCUAUUGUCAAAUACUUGUGCUAAGUCUAGAGCACAUGUUAAGGUAAAUAAAACUGUAAUAGGAUGUUUUUCUGGUAUUGGAGCAGCUAAUGAGAAACAGUGAACCAUUUUAGUAAAAGCAAAGGGGAAUUAGAUCAAGCUCUUGAUUAGAUUUUCUAUAAUGUUAUUUUGUAUGCAUAUGAACUGGGCAGGAGCUAAAUUUGAUCUUCAUGUUCAAAUAAAUGAGCAUAGUAUUUUGCUAGUAAAAGGCAUUUCACAAA